AUGCCCAGUAGGCCAAGACUGGCCACUGCUGCAGAUACCUCGCUUUCCGAUGAAUACUCUACCAAAUCACCCUGUGCGUUGACCACUCGGAGUGCAAGAACCUCAUCAGCUAAGCAGGCGCCAGUAGCCGGCCCGGCGGGACCGACUACCCCGGGGGCAGCCGAGGUAACGGCGCCAACCACAGUGCCACAGCUGUUGCCCAUCUCCGUUGUCUGGCAGAUGCUGAUACGAUUCCUCAGCUGA